AUGCCUGCUGCAACGGAUGAUUAUGUGUUGGGGCGGGACCUGCAUGGCUCAAUCAGAUUAGAAGCCCAGCACCUCCUGUUUAAGAUGCACAAUGGUUAUGUGUUGAACCCCAAAAUACCUAUUUCUUCAGAUAUGAAAAUUGCCGAGAUAGGUACAGGCACAGGAAUCUGGCUUCAAGACAUAGCAUCUCAACUGCCAGAAACAGUCCAGCUGCAUGGCUACGAUGUUUCAGCAGAUCAAUUCCCCCCUGCAUCCCUAUGCCCGCCAAAUCUGACGUUUGCUACACUUGAUGCAUUUGGCGAUGUUCCUGCACAUCUUGUUGAGACUUAUGAUGUCGUCCAUCUGCGAUUUUGGUGCGCCAUUAUUAGAGGCAACGACCCGGGUCCUCUUAUCCGCCACGCUGUAAGGCUACUGAAGCCUGGGGGUUACUUGCAGUGGGAGGACGCAGACAUAGGGAAACCGGUUAUGCGAGGGGACGAAGCAGAGGCCUUUCAUAAGCUUGGCACGUCGGUUCUCCGGACCUUUAAUGUCUUGUUAGACUGGAUUGGAGACAUUCCAAACCUUGUCGUGGACCAUGGGUUAACAGUUGUAGAUAGUGCAACCAGUGCUUUCCACUCUACUUUAAUACCCCUUACUAUCAGGACAUAUUUGGCUGGUUGGGCUGAGCUUUUCCAGUUCGUAGGCAAGACCAAAGAUCCAUCCCUUCCAACAGCCAGUGAGUGCCAGAGGGUUUUAUUGGAACUAGACGCGGGUGUUAAACAUGGGGCACUGUAUUAUUGGCUGCCAGUGAAUCUGCUUGCUCGGAAACCUAGUACAGAGUAG